AUGAGAAUAGGAUAUAAUGAAAUAAUGAUAACAUCAAAGUAUUUUAAUGAUAUUAAUGAUUUUAUUAAUUUAGAAAUAGGAAUUAAAAGAUUUCAAGGAAAUAUGGAACGAUUUCAUUUUAAUCCAAUUCCUUUAAAUGAACAUUCAAGAAAGUUGUUUCCUAAUAUUGAAACAUUUCAUAUUUAUAAUUAUAAUGAUAAAACAUUUAAAGAUGGAAGAAUAUUUAAAUAUGUAAUAUGGAAUACAGUAGAUUAUUCAAAAUAUUUACAAGAAAAAGAACAAGGAAAUAUCUGUAAAAAUAUAGAAUAUACGCUAUGUGAUAGAAUUAAGUAUGGGAAUACAAUACCAUCAGAAGUUAAAUCACUUCGACAUGAUUGUUUUUAUAAAUGUUCAUCAUUAACAACAAUUAAUAUACCAUCAUCAAUUAUUAAAAUAGGACAUUGGUGUUUUAAAGAAUGUUAUUCAUUAACAUCAAUUAGUAUAGAUAAUCUACAAUUUAUUAUUGAAGGUAGAAUAUUUAUGAAUGAACCAGUGUUAAUUAGUUGUGAAAUACCAUACAAUCUACAAACAAUCAAUGGAAAGAAUAUUGAAAAGAAAGAUAUUAAUGAAUUUAUUAUUCCAUCUUCAAUUACUAAAUUAGGUGAUUGGUGUUUUUGUUAUUGUUAUUCAUUAACAUCAAUUAUUAUACCAUCAUCUGUUAUUAAAUUAGGAUAUCGUUGUUUUUUUUACAUGUUUAAAAUAGGAAAUGAAUGUUUUUAUGAUUGUAAAUCAUUAACAUCAAUUAAUAUACCAUCAUCAAUUAAAUCAUUUGGACGUGGAUGUUUUUAUGGAUGUUAUUCGUUAAAAUCAAUUAAUAUACCAUCAUCAAUUAGUAAAAUAGGAAAUUAUUGUUUUGAAAGCUGUAAAUCAUUAAUAUCAAUUAAUAUACCAUCAUCAAUUACAGCAUUUGGAGAUGUAUGUUUUUGUGAAUGUGGAUGUGUUGAAGAAUUAAAGAAAAAUGAAAGAAUACCAAGAAAUUGUUUUGAUGAAUGUUGUUGA